GUCCGCGGAGCCGGAGCCGCGGCAGCACAACGCUGCUACCACUGAAGUCUCUCACAUGGACGUCGAUACUGAACAGUUAAAGGACGCACAAGAAGAACACAGUGAAGUGCAAAGUGAAGCGACCAUGGAUAUAAUGUGUACACCAACGGAAGUGUCUCAGGACUCUAGUCUGAACACGCAAUCAGACGACACACCAACAGAUGAGGCGGAAGAGAAAGUGAUACCCAGACUAGUCAACAAUACAAUGACAUCGGAUGUUCUCAAUACAAUAGAGCCAGAGAACUGGACACAGACAGAUGUGGCAAAGUUCCUCACAGUUAACGACUGCCACACAUACUGUGUAAAUUUUGCCCACAUUGAUGGUGCUAUGAUGCUGCAGCUGUCUAAAGAUGAAAUUAUAGAACUUCUGGAGAUGAAGGUUGGUCCAUCGUUGAAAAUAUUUGACUUAAUACAACAGUUGAAGUGCAAAAUUAAACAACCUCAGUCCCGAAUGUCUAGUUAUAAAUAGCGAAGGUUUUUAGGAAUUGUUAAUUCCAGCUUGUUUUAACAAUUUGAGUACAGUAAAAAUGUUUUAUCUUGGACAUUUAUUAAAAAGAUAGGAAAAAACAUAUGUAAAUGAAUGUAAAUUGCUGCUAUCGGUUGACUCUGUCAGAAAAUAUGUGAAACCUGGACAUAGAAAAUGACAUAAACGGAGGGAGAUAGUGAGUCAUCAUAAUUUAGUUUCACUUAUGCCCACCGCGUCAGUUAUCUUGUCGAAGUAUAAUAUUUUGCUACACUAGAUAUUAGUGUUGCUACCUAAUAAUUGUAUAUAAACUUAAACAUUUGUUAUUCAUUUUAAUGAUAGCAAAGAAAAAGCAUUUCUUAAGUUAAGAGAAUUUUAGUCAUUAAAUUAUAACAAUCAAGCUUAAUAUGCUGCUCAAAAUAAACAAAUGUUUUAAGUAACACUUAAAAUACACUUGUCAUAGAGUAAGUAUGUCAUUGUAAAAACCAUCUGAGAGACAAAAAUAGAUUACCCAAAUGUGGCCUUAGAUACACUUAAAAUAUCUUUUGUCUUGUAACUUGAGUCAAAUUUGUAUUGCCGUAGAUUAAUCUUAGAAUAAUCAUUGUAUGAGAAAAUGCAAAGAACACCUUAAUGCCUUUACAAAGAGUAAGCUUUCCGAAUAGUAAUGGUAAUUUGGUACUGCAUGUUUUGUAUUAGUUUAAUUAAAUAGUAAAAUGGUUUAAUUGGCUGUAUAUUUUUGUAUGGUGUCAUAAAUGUAUCAUUCAAGUAAUUACAAUAAUCUGAAAACAACACUAAAAUAUUACACGGGUGUGGAUUAUGUUGUAUUAUUAAAGAGAUAAACUAUGGAUUCAUGAAAUAAAAUUGUGUUUUAAUAAUAGCUCUUAAAUUUUAUACAAUAUUUUUAUAUGUACUAGUAAUUUUCACUUUAUAGUAUUUAGAAGUUUUCACAUGAAUUUGUUCUGAAAUAUUCUGAUAUUUUUUAUAUUUCCUUUAAACAAAUAAUGUUUGAAUCAUUUUAUAUUUGCAGUGAGUUAAGCGAUAUAUAAAAAUGUUAAAGUAUUAAAAGAUUGAGUAUUCAAUUUGAUUACUAUUAUGGUGCAUUAAAAAAAAUAAUAGAAUUAAAAAAUCAUGCAUAAAGAAUGUUGACUGUA